CCAACCAAAUCUUAUUUUAUUUAACUUAAAAACCCCAGCUCAUCAGCAACUUUUUUAAGCUUUUACCUGCCAAUUAAACUCACCCUUUAAAUACACUCACAUUUUAGCCCAUUUAUACCAAUUGUCAUUCUCUCACUUCUUCUCUGAAUUCCCAGGAAUUUGGAGUGUUUGUGACAAAUCUGUAAAGUUUGAGUAAUAAGAUUUGCUGUUGCUUUAAAAGAGCAAAAAUGGAGAAAACUAUGUUACUUGUGUUUGCUACUACUUUGUUGAUGUUGAGUUCUCCUAUGGUCAAUGCUCAAAAGAAGGGUAGUCAUGUCCCAACUCCAACCCCAACCCCAACCCCAUCACCGGCCCCGGCACCGGCACCGGCACCAGCCUAUGCAAACCUGACAGAAUUACUGAGUGUUGCUGGCCCAUUUCACACAUUCUUAAACUACCUGCAAUCCACCAAAGUGCUUGAAACCCUCCAAAAUCAAGCCAACAACACUGAUGAAGGUCUUACCCUCUUUGUACCUAAAGACAGUGCCUUUGCUGCCCUUAAGAAACCUUCUCUAUCCAACCUCACCCAUGACCAGCUUAAGCAGUUGUGCCUCUUCCAUGCCUUGCCACAUUACUACUCUCUCGCCGAGUUCAAGAACCUCAGUAGCGUAGGGCCUGUCAACACCUUUGCUGGUGGUGAUUACACCUUGAAUUUCACCGAUGUAUCAGGCACCAUCCACUUGACUUCUGGGUGGAGUGUCACUAAGAUUACAAGCAGUGUUUUCUCUACUGAACCCGUUGCGCUUUACCAGGUUGAUAAGGUGCUUCUUCCUGAGGCCAUCUUUGGAACAGACAUUCCUCCUAUGCCUGCCCCAGCACCGGCUCCAGAGAUCGCCCCUGUUGCUGCUGAUGCUCCUGCAGAUGUGACCAAAGAUGGAGACUCUCCCUCGGCCUCACACCCCUUAGAUUCUUCUGCCUCAUGUCGAGUGAUGGCUAGCUUGGUUCUCGCAUUAGCAGGAGGAAUUGUCCUCUUCUUGUAAGAAGGGUUUUUGCUUCUGGGUUGAGUUAACUUAUAUGUGGGUAUUAAUCCCAAUAGUAGUACCUUUGAUUGUUCCUUCCAUCAUUCUUUUAUUCCACCCUUUUAUUUGUAUGUGAAUGUGAGAUUGGUUUUGAAUACCUUUGAUCAAUUAAUAUUAGCACAUUUAGUUCUUGUUCAAAA